AUGUGCCGCAAUGGACAUUUCAACUUGGAUGUUGAGAUGAUUGUUUCUGUCCUCCGUACUGAUAUAGAAAAAAUGCCAAGGUUUUCCAUCAAAGACUCUCAAAGAGCCGUUCUUAAAGCAUAUGUCAUUUCGAUAAGCAGAAGAAAAGCCUAUCUUGAUCGCAACCGUGCUUUUAAAAAAUUCUAUGCUUUGAAACACUUCAAUCCUGGAACAAUAGUUGAAUGGAAAACAAAGCAGUGUGUCGAUGUCAUUGAAGAUGUAUUCAACUAUGUGUUAUGGACUUUUAAACCAUGCAUUGAUGGGUUUGUGUUUUGUCGUCCUGUUAUAUCGAUCGAUGGAACACAUGUCUAUGGAAAAUAUGAUAUGAAGUUGCUGAUUGCGAUUGCAACGGAUGGUAACGAUUCAAUAUUACCUUUGGCAUUUGCAAUAGUUGAGCAUGGAGACAUGUACUUUAUUUUUUGA